AUCUCGGAGCCGCGCCCGGCGGCUCCCGGAGACCUCGCGGCGGAGGCGCGCGGAGAUUGCGACCUGGAACCGUCCGCCGCCGAAGAGCAGCGCCCCCGGCCUGGGUCUUGCGGCACGGAGAUCGGCGGUGGGGUGAAGAAGUCCCCGUGAACUGAGGACGCCAUGGCCACGUCGGCCCCGCUGCGCAGCCUGGAGGAGGAGGUGACCUGCUCCAUCUGCCUGGACUACCUGCGGGACCCAGUGACCAUCGACUGCGGCCAUGUGUUCUGCCGCGUCUGCACCAGUGACGUGCGCCCGGCUCCGGGCGGCCGGCCCGUCUGUCCGCUCUGCAAGAAGCCCUUCAGGAAAGAGAAUAUCCGGCCCGUGUGGCAGCUGGCUAGCCUGGUGGAGAACAUCGAGCGGCUGCAGGUGGACAAGGACAGGCAGCCAGGAGACGUGGCCCGGGAGCAGGCGGACGGCAGGCUGUGCGAGCGGCACCGCGAAAAGCUGCACUAUUACUGCCAGGACGACGGCAAGCUUCUGUGUGUCAUGUGCCGCGAGUCUCGGGAGCACCGGCCCCACUCGGCCGUCCUCGUGGAGAAGGCUGCCCAGCCCCACAGGGAGAAGAUCCUGAACCACCUGAGCACCCUCAGGAGAGACAGAGACAAGAUCCAGGGUCUGCAGGCGAAGGGAGAGGCCGACAUCCUCACUGCGCUGAAGAAGCUCCAGGACCAGAGACAGGACAUCGUGGCUGAGUUUGAGCAGAGCCACCAGUUCCUGAGGGAGCGGGAGCGGCACCUGCUGGACCAGCUGGCGAAACUGGAGCAGGAGCUGACGGAGGGCAGAGAGAAGUACAAGACCAAGGGCGUGGCGGAGCUGGCCCGGCUGGCACUGCUCAUCUCUGAGCUGGAGGGCAAGGCCCAGCAGCCAGCAGCAGAGCUCAUGCAGGACAGCAGGGACUUCCUGAACAGGUAUCCACGGAAGAAGUUCUGGAUUGGGAAACCCAUCGCUCGAGUGGUGAAAAAGAAGACGGGAGAAUUCUCCGACAAAGUGCAGUCUCUGCAGCGAGGACUAAGAGAGUUCCAAGGGAAGCUGCUGAGAGACCUGGAAUACAAGACGGUGAGUGUCACCUUGGACCCGCAGUCGGCCAGCGGGUACCUGCAGCUGUCAGAGGACUGGAAGUGUGUGACCUACAGCGGCCUGUACCAGAGCACGUACCUGCACCCGCAUCAGUUUGACUGUGAGCCGGGUGUGCUGGGCAGUAAGGGCUUCACCUGGGGCAAGGUGUACUGGGAGGUGGAGGUGGACAGGGAGGGCUGGUCUGAGGAGGAGGAGGAGGGGGAUGAGGAGGAGGGGGAUGAAGAGGAGGAGGAGGAGGAGGAGGAGGCUGGCUACGGGGACGGGUACGAAGACUGGGAGACAGAUGAGGAUGAGGAGUCUUUGGGGGAGGAGGAGGAAGAGGAGGAGGAAGAGGAGGAGGAGGUCCUAGAAAGCUGCAUGGUGGGGGUGGCCAGAGACUCUGUGAAGAGGAAGGGAGACGUCUCCCUGCGGCCGGAGGAUGGAGUAUGGGCCCUGCGCCUCUCCUCUGCGGGCAUCUGGGCCAAUACUGACCCUGAGGCUGAGCUCUUCCCUGCACUGCGGCCACGGAGGGUGGGCAUCGCCCUGGACUACGAAGGGGGCACUGUGACCUUCACCAACGCCGAGUCACAAGAGCUCAUAUACACGUUCACGGCCACGUUCACACGGCGCCUGGUGCCCUUCCUGUGGCUCAAGUGGCCCGGGACACGUCUCCUGCUGAGACCUUGAGCCCUGCACCCGCCGGCCUGCGUGACCCCCGACACCCACCAACGCCCUCCUCCUCUGGGAACCCUGGACUGUGCCGGGGACCUGGUGUCUGGCAAUUGCACCUGGAGCAGGUGGGCCCCACGCCCCCUGUGGCCGUGGUGCCUGGAGGCUCACUCAGUGCUGCUGCUGCACCAGACAGCUGUAGUCAGGCUCUUUCCUCAGCCCCCAGGGCUCCCCGUGCACAUUUCUGAACUGAAGGCCACAGGGGCCCCUCUUCUUCCCACCACCUUUGACCCAGCUCAGCACCUUCCAUGCUGAUUUAGAGAAGAAACAAUGUUUUGCUGCCCUGUCUGGCAUCCCUCACUGGCUGCUCUGGCAAGAGCAGGUGACUGUGACGCCCAAGCCACGUGCCGUCCUGCUUGCCCAGACCCUUUCUGCUGCCUGCAUUCCCCAGCACUUGAGACAGCCCACUGGCCCCAACUCAGCGUCUCACACCCCCCCCGCACGCCCGUGAGUGGACACGGCACCCACCCGCGGUCUCCCGGGCUGCGUAGAGAGGCCUCCUGGAGCGCCGCGGCGCGGGCGUCGGCGUGGGCUCCGCGCUUCUCCGGGGGAGGGCUGAGUGCUGACAGGUCUGCCCUGAAGGAGGCCCGGCGCCCUGGACCCACCUGCGGACUUGGGGAAAGGACCCGCGUGCUGUGGCUUUGGUUCACCGCUUGUGACCCGCGGCCAGUGCGGCCCGUGGGUGUGGCCUCAGGAGGGAGAUUGUCCAGGGAAUCCAGAAUGUCCCGCUCUUGACCCGUCCCCAGAAAACACCAGAAAACAACUAUCUGGUCCAGCCAAACCUGGAGUCCGGUCCCUGCCCUGGACGCCGGGGCAAGUCUGCGGCGGCGCACGACUCACACGCACAGCCCGUUCUUCUAGGGGAAGGGCAGUGGGCACAGGAGAGGGAGACAGGACUCCCCGAGGUCGCCGGGUCCUCGGGCCAGGAGAAGGGAACCGUCCGGCCUCCGUCCCCGUCCCAGCCUGUGUCCAGGGCCCUGUCGAGCCCGUCCCCAGCCCGUCAGCAGAGCCUGCCCCAGAGACCACUGGCCUCCACACUGUGUGGGACUUGCCUCCUGCAUGUGUCCCGUGCUGCCGGUCACACGUUCGCCUGUUCCCGCCUCCAGUUUUAUAAGGAGGGUGUCCCCUCUGCUUCCCUGCGGCAUCGGCUGCAGUGUGGGCACACAGGUGCUUAAUAAAACCUUGAUGAAUGAGCA